AGUAGGUAGCAGCCAGUCUCGAUGUAAUUUAUGACCAUAGUACCCAUGGCAACUGCAAUACCCAAUUGCUGGAAACCAUGUGACCAAGCGCAGCCCAUAAGGAAUAUCUAAUUCCCACCCAUCAAUUUAAAGCAGCCGUUGUGAAGAUGAGCUAGUCUUCAAACCGUAUGGGGCCGUAUGGAAUCAUAUUGAUAAUCACAGGUGUCCACUAUGGGUUCAUUGUCUGGAUGGACUAUCAGUCCAUCCAGGUAAUCAAGUAAUGGACCGUUCAUUGGAUCCUCACAAAGCUUUUUCUGCUCAGAUCCUCUAAUGGCUAAGCACGGUGAUUUUCUACAACGGUGUUACCGACGACACGAAGUCAUAGGAAAUGCCAUACAUGUCAUCACCUCCAUAGUCAAUAGCCUCAAGUAUGUCUUAUUAUUAGGUUGUAAUUCGGCACAUUCUUUCGUGUGUGUGCACAUAAUGAAGGUGCUAGAAUGAAAAAUACACAAGCAUGUACCUGCAGUCCUAAAAAAAAUUCAAGUGUAAAAAAAUUCAUACAAAUCACAAAUUUAUGUGAGAACCUGUGCACUCAAUAAGUUACAAAAGGCAACGUAACAACCAUUCAGAUAAUUCCAGACAAACUGGGCCUGAUCGAAUACUUAAUAUUUCCUCUGAUAUGAUUAUUCACGAACACACAAAAAAAACUGAAUGAGCUGCAGAAAUUCUAUGACAAGGUUCAGUGUUUCCCUUCAGAGACUGCAGAAAAUGGCGCCCUAUGUAACAAAUACACAUUUGUACGAUUUAGUGACCAAAAUCCCCCAACCUGAAAGACUAAUGUACCUACUGCAACGCACAUUAAAAAUGUUCGGCUGGAAUAAAUAAUGAAAUGGUAAACAUUGCUGACCUUCUGACCCGCUGUUGUAAAUUACGCAAGGCUACUUAAGUGGUGGAAAACAUGUUUCAAGGUCAUUCGCUGAAAUUUCGUAACGUGUCCAUGGUGGUGUGUGCGUAGAUCGGCCACCAGCACAGAGAAUAGCAUGUCUCCUCUGAGAUGAAAACGCGUAAAAGGCAAACGAGAAUUCCCCGGACAGAGCUCUGCUGAGCAGUGUGGCCUUCCGCUGCGCUGACUAAAUCGCUGUUGUUCCAGAACCGCAGUUCGCGCUGUACCGCCCCUGCCUCAGAAAACAAGCCAAUCCAGCAUUAUGUGGGGGACACUGAAAGACAUAGGCGUAUUUCAGAGUAGCCCUUGGAUUGAAACGCACGGUGUAUUUAAAAAGGUACAUUUAAAAUAUCGUUAAUCAUCCAAACGCAUAACUUAAGUAACAGUAAAACAAUAUACUCGAAAGUAUAAAACACAACAAGCACGCAUUACAAUAACUACUGACCAAAGUACAAAGUAAAACCAGUAGUAAGCAGUGGAAACCACCCGAGGCCAUUUCUGCGCAAACAGAUGCACAACCUUUGUCUGGCAAAAAAUCAAAACAUUGUGCACAUUUAAAAAUACACAUAUAGUAUACAUGAAAUCUACUUUGGAUCUGAAAAAUACGUAGAUUCUGAGCAUCCAUUAUUCUGCCAGACUGGGAAAACACGACAACAAUCUGCAGAUCUCCCUUUGUGUAGACUACGCGCAGAUACUCCCCUGUGCGCUCGAAAUUGUUUUUCCGCCCUUAUAUGGCUGUGGGUGCAGUCAGCUCUCACUGCUCUCGACGGCUGGCGAGCUGCCAGAUUCUCAGAUUACCGUUGUAUGCCAAACUGGUUUCAAAACUGUCAUCUGCAGCACCCGCAAUUCUGCGAGAGGGACCGUCUGAGCGCGCCACGAAAUGGCUCACUGCAAUGUCGGUUGCUGCAUCACUCCCGACAUUACACGUAUCAGUAGAACUCAUCCUGCUCACCACGGUUACAUUCCUUGUGAAUGUGAAAAGAGAGAGAGAGAGAGAGAGAGAGAGAGGGACAUGUAAUGAUGUGGGGAAUUCUGAUCUCUUCUUUCGAGAAACCUCGCCCAGCAAUGGCGCAGCAACAUUUCCAGCUCUUAAUGAUCUGCUUUGUGUGAAGAAGCCAUUUUGAAAUUGAGAACAGCACAGAAGCCAUUAACACAGUUCAUAAGAAAGGUCGCUUUUGGGAAAAGAGGAGCAGAGAGAGCUGUCUGCAAGCCUAAUUUUACCCCUAAAACUGUCUUGCUUUUAUUAUCCUUAUUAAGGCAUCUACUGAAACACGGAUUGCAUUUGCUUAAUAUUAAGUGAGUGCCAUACCCGCCCCUCCUUUAAAGCACGCCUGUGUUAAUGGAUCCGAAGAUGAGAGAAAAACAGUUCCUUUUUCUUCUGCGUAUAGGCCUGAUAAAUAAAUGCCAUCAAAAUGUUAAGGUUUGGCGAACGGAAUGGAAAACAUUCAUCCAGUUUGCGGUUCGGGGGAGAAACGAAAUCACCAUUGGAGAAGUUACAAGUUGAUUAUUGACCCAGCACUGAAAAAGGGACAGCAUAAACUCUAUCGCUACGAUGGACAACAUUAUAGCAUGCCAAAUCCGGGAAUGGCACCGGUGGAUCACCCCAGAGACCCGCGAAUCGGUCGUCUCUGGACCAAAUACAAGGAGACCGAUCUCCCGGUGCCAAAGUUUAAGGUGGACGAAUGUUACGUGGGACCUGUCCCUCCAAAGGAGGUGACAUUCGCGAAGUUGAACGACAACAUCAGGGAGGGAUUUCUGACGGACAUGUGCAAGAAGUAUGGGGAUAUCGAGGAGGCGGAGAUUUUGUACAACCCCAAGAAUAAGAAGCAUUUGGGAAUCGCCAAAGUUGUGUUUGGUUCUGUGAAGGCAGCAAAGGAUGCCGUGCAAAAUCUUCACAACACUUCUGUCAUGGGAAAUAUUAUCCACGUGGAACUCGACCCUAAAGGUGAGAACCGGAUGCAGUACUUCCAGCUUCUCAUCAGUGGGGCAUACACCCCUCAGACGCUGCCAGUGGGGGACGUGUCGCCCCACAGUCUGGCCGAUGCCCUGCUGGUGUGCGAGUCAGUGAAGAAGCUGUCAGAGGGCACCUUAGCGGCGCUGGGGGGCGUGACCACACCAGGCAGCGCUGGCACUCCUCUGUCAUUCGACACCGCAUACUCCAGCCUGCGACAGGACACGCCCAGCAGCUUUGGCCACACGCCCCAGUCGCAGGGCACACCUCGGCCAGCGGGCACGCCCUUCUCUCAGGACUCCUCCUACUCCAGCCGGCAGAGCACCCCAGCAUACUUGCCUGGGCGCGGGGAGGGCUCGGGGGGUUACAAGCCCCGGCGGCAUGAGACUAAGUUCCAGGACGCUUACAAUCGGCGGCCUGAGCGCCACUACGUCCACCGAGGGGCGGAGCAGGCCCCUUUCAAACCCCAUCAGCCCCCGCCUGAGCCCACACCCGCACCCACACCCACGUCCACACCCGCUCCCACGCCCAUGCCCACACCAACACCCCCACCCUUCACCCACACCCCUCCCCCACCAGUCAGCACCAACUACAAGCAGACAUUCUCCCCGUACCAGGCCCCCCCUCCCCCAUACCCCCCAGCGGAGCCCCCCUUCGCCCAGCUGCAGCUGGAGUACAGGAGACCUCCCCCUCCUCCAGGUGCUGCACCCCCUGCUGCUGACUUUGAGCCUCUCAAACAGAAGCCAGGCACCCCGCCCCUCCCUGAGCCCCCUCCAGCCCCUGAGCCUCGCCCCCCAACCACGCCCCCCAUUGGCUCCCCAGAGCACUGCCCCUCCCCAGCCACGCCCACCCCGGAGGGGGACCGGCACAGCCUGGACACGCGUAUCGAGAUGCUGCUGAAGGGGAAGAGGAGCAAGCUGCCGUUUCUGAGCGAGAGGGACUCGGACAGCGAGGUGCGCAUGGAGUGUAGCCCCAUUUCCUCCUCCUCUUCCCAGCUUUCCCCCGUCGGCCCCUGCUCUGUCCUGCCCAGCUCUGCCCGCUCGCGCCCCCCCAGCAGCGGCCUGGAGGACAUCAGCCCUACCCCGCUGCCAGACUCUGACUCCGACUCCGAUGAGCACAUCCUGGGGCCGGCUGCCCUCCUAUCUUCCUCUGGGGCGACCUCGCCCGCUGACCCACACGCCCAGGGGAAGGCGGACACAGGUGAUGUUAACGACACAGGUUCGGGGAACCACACACCUGCAGAGAAAAUGGAGGAGAGUCUUCAGUCAUCUGGUGAGGACAUGGAGAUUUCGGACGAUGAGAUGCCCGGCACACCCAUUGUGGGUGGUGACUGUGCCAAGGGCAUUGUGGUGAAUUCCGCCCCCUCUCCUAUGCCUCCACCGGCCAUUCCUAUCCCACCCCCAGGUUUCCCACCCCUGCCCCCUCCUCCCCAGACUACCUUCCCUCUGCCCCCUCCUCCCCUGCCGGGGGUGCCCAUACCCCCCAUGCUGCCCCCGCUGCCCCCGUACCCCCCCAGCAUGGUGCCCAUGAUGCCCAUGGACAUGGUGGGCGGCCUGCCGCAGUGGGGGGGCAUGCACAUGUCCUUCCAGAUGCAGACCCAGAUGCUGAGCCGCCUGGCACAGAGCCAGCACCCCUACCCCUACCCCCCCUUCAUGGGUGCAGGCGGGGCCAUGCCCUUCGGGGCACCCUACCGCCCCCUGCCAAUGGGGGGUGUGCCUGCACCUGGGAUGGGAAACGGGCAGCCCUGGCACCUGCCCGCCAUGCCCAAAUUCAACCCAGCGGUCCCCCCUCCAGGCUACGAGCCACAGAAGGAGGACCCCCACAAGGUGACGGUGGACGGGGUGCUGAUGGUCAUAGUCAAGGAGCUGAAAGCCAUCAUGAAGAGGGAUCUCAACCGCAAAAUGGUGGAGGUGGUGGCCUUCCGGGCCUUCGAUGAGUGGUGGGACAAGAAGGAGCGCUCAGCCAAGGCAUCCCUGACCCCAGUGAAGUCUGGAGAGGGGAAGGAGGAGGAUAAGGAGAAGGUUCGACCAAAGGAGACGCUGGGAUCCAGCUUGCUAGAGAGCUGGAAGCAGGGAGAAGGUCUGGGAUUCGAGAGCAUGGGGCUGAGCAUCGGCCUUCGUGGGGCCAUCCGGCUACCGUCCUUCAAGGUGAAGAGGAAAGAGCCACCUGACCCCGCCUCCACGGGUGACUCCAAGAGAGCGCGGCCCUCCAUACCUGUUGAUGAUGAGUUGGAGGAUGAAGAUGCAUCCAGGAAGGACGGCGAAGGCGAGGGCGAUGAGGAGGAGGAGACAUCCGAGAAGGAGGAAGAGCCAGAGGGGACGGAGGGCUCUGAUAGGUUGUCCUGUGGAAAGGAGGCGGAGGAUGAUGAAGACGAGGAUGAGGAAGACGAGAAGGAUGAAGUGGACUCUGAUGACAGCGAGAGGGAGGAGUCAGAGUCCUCAGAUGAGGAAGAUUCUAGUGUGGCCUCAUUCAAGUCCGACUCUGACUCCUCAGGAGAGAGUGAAGACUCCUUUGACUACGACUCAAGCUCUGAGGAGGAGGAGGAGGAGGAAGAGGAGGAGGAGGAAGAGGCCCUAGGCGUGGAAAAGGAAGGGGAAGGGCCUCGCACAUCUUCCUCUUCGUCGUCGUCAUCUUCCUCGUCAUCGUCGUCUUCAUCGUCAUCUUCUGAGGAGGAGGAGGCGGAGCUGAAACACACCCUUGAGGACCCAUCGGCGCUGGCUCUGCUGGAGGGAGCAGCCCAGAGGGAGGAGCCUCGUCGUGGAGCCAAGCUUCACGGAUCCAUCCACUCAGAACACGACCUUCGACCCCCCUCGCCUAAAGGAAUCCCAGAGGACGACCUCGAAGUGGAGCUGGAGGCGGGAAUCCUGGCUUGUAAGCCAGAACCCCUGGAAGAUGUGGCAAACCUCCGGCCAGCAACACCAACUGGCUCGCUGGCUGACAGCGACUCGGACCUUCGGCUCAAGAGCGGCACUGAGGAGGAGGAGGGGCGUCCCCGCACCCCUGGGCGAGAGUUGCACGCUGCUUCCAGGCCUGUCCCCCCCUCCUCUAUGCCUCUUCCCCUUCUUCCCAGCCCAGUUGUUGAGUUGCAGUCCUUGCAUUUUCCACUGGGGGCGCCAGUCUCAUCCAGACGGCCCACAGAGGAGGAUGUCCCCCCAACCCCGGGCAGGGGGGCCCCGAGUCUGGGGAAGACUCAGAGCAUGGAGAGGGUCCCCAUCACUCCAGGCAGGGACACGCCCCUCACAGGGAACAGCCUGACCCUCAGCUCCCCCCACGUCCCCGGCAGCCCUUUCGCGUACCCUACCCAGUCCCCCGGGCUGAACAGUGGGGUCCCGCUGACUCCUGGACGUGACUUCACCUUCACACCCACCUUCCCCGACCCCGUUCCCGCCCAGCUCGCGUCGUACAGGAAGGGCUCGGCCGAAGGCUUGCUCUUCAGAGAACCCCUGCCCACCGGCUCUCCCCUGACCCCCCAUCCCGCUGGCCUGCCCUCAGCCGCCGCCUGCGCCCCCACACCACAGGCCACCUUCACCAGCAUCCCGCCCCUCACGCCGCCUGUGGAGGCCGCGCCCGCAAAGAGGAAGCCAGGGCGGCCCAAGACCAAAAGGGCGUCAGUGUUUGCUCAGCCGCCCGCAGGGGACCAUCCAAUCACAGACGUGCUCGCAGAGGCCGCACCCGUCACUGUCCCCGCCUCCGACCCAUCGGCGGUGUCCCUGGACUUCAGGGAAGAAUGGGCGGAGUCAGGGAAACGGGGGGCCGCUCCGCUGCGGGAGCUGGAUAACGUGCUGCCAAAGGAGGAGCCGGGGGCGGAGCCGGAGCGGGCGCUGAAGCCGCAGCGCCGGCAGCGGCGGGGGUGGGAGGAGCUGCUCCUGGCCAUGCACUCCCCUGCGACUUCCCCGCCCCGCCCCAGCUUCCUCCCGCGCUCCGAGUUCGAGGAGAUGACCAUCCUGUACGACAUCUGGAACGAGGGCAUUGACGAGGAGGACAUGCGCUUCCUGCAGGUCACCUACGACAAGAUGCUGCAGCAGGAGAACGGCCACGACUGGCUGAACGACACCCUCUGGGUUCCACAUCCUCCGACCAGCAUUCCGCGUCUGAAGAGGAGGCGGUAUGAGGACGGCAUUCGAGAUCACACGACUGGCUGCGCCCGUAGCGAAGGCUACUACAAGAUUGACAAGAAGGACAAGAUCAAAUACCUGAACAGUGCCCGGCAGCUGACGGAGGAGCCACCUGCAGACACACAGGGCAAGAGCAUCCCAGCUCAGCCUCACGCCUCUACCCGGGCGGGGUCAGAGCGCCGGUCAGAACAGCGCCGCCUGCUCUCCUCCUUCAGCUGCGACAGCGACCUGCUCAAAUUCAACCAGCUCAAGUUCCGUAAGAAGAAGAUCCGGUUCUGCAAAAGCCACAUCCAUGACUGGGGCCUGUUCGCCCUGGAGCCCAUCGCUGCAGAUGAGAUGGUCAUCGAAUACGUGGGCCAGAACAUCAGACAGGUGAUCGCAGACAUGCGUGAGAAGCGCUACGGAGACGAGGGCAUUGGGAGCAGCUACAUGUUCCGUGUGGAUCACGAUACCAUCAUCGAUGCCACCAAGUGUGGCAACUUCGCCAGGUUCAUCAACCACAGCUGCAAUCCGAACUGCUACGCAAAGGUCAUCACAGUGGAGUCUCAGAAGAAGAUUGUGAUCUACUCCCGGCAGCCAAUCAAUGUCAACGAGGAGAUCACCUACGACUAUAAGUUCCCCAUAGAGGAUGAGAAGAUCCCUUGUCUCUGUGGGGCGGAGAACUGCCGGGGCACCCUGAACUAGUCGUCCCCAAAAGGCAUCCUGAAUGAGAUGCCCUGAGACCCUUGAGCGUUUUGGCCCUAUGCCGGAUGCCAUUGUGUUCUCACUGUGCCUAAAAAGAAGAACCAAAAAAAAGAGAAGAAUGUGAAAAACAGCGAUUCGCACUUCUGCUGAACGCUGCGCAGCUAAGUGUUCAGGACCGUAAUUUAUUCUUGCUGUUUACAAUAUCAGGUGCUCUCUCUACAAACAUUUACCACUUUACCACAACACUAGAUUUUUCUCCAUUUCCUACCUCUAGCUCACCUGGUUCCUCACACUUUACCAUCUCCUUCAAGCUCACUGGGUCUGAGACACUAUCCCUUCUGCCUCCAAUUUUACCAGUCCAGCACACCAUACCUUACCUCCCAGCUUUUCCACGCCAGUAAUAUUUUCUGUUGCCCUCAGUUCAGAUUUAUAGUCCUAGACUGUCUGCUUAAGGUAAUUGGGCUCCCUGGCUGGCUACUUUAUAGCAGUAUUGGCUCACUUUAGAAAGAUUCUCAUUUUAUUACAUUCUUCAGCAUUUAGAGAAGGAGCUCUGGGCAUGAAGGUGUAUGUAGUUUAGAGUGGAUUCCCCAUGGUGAUGCUGUGUCACUGCUGCUAAUUGGCUGUCUGUGUCACUGCUGCUAAUUGGCUGGCUGUUUUCAGUGGAGAUGGUGACUCUAGAUCUUCUGAUUCUGCGAAGAGUAACCUGUGUUGUCAAAAAUGAUCAUUUACCCUUUUCCACUCUGUUGUCAAAAAGCAGAUGGGAGAGAUGAGUGCAGCCAUGCUGUUCCCCUGACAAUCAGUAAAACUUGUCCUGCAGUAAUCAUCUCUGCCCACAGUAGAGGACACACAAAUAUUGGCUUGCAGGCUGGUAUUUAUGGGGAAGAUCAGUUUCCCGAGUCAUAGCUUCAGGUGGUCAACCCAUGAAUUUUAGCAUUAUGGGAGAGAGAGAGAAGAGAUGGCUUCUUCACGCACACUACAGUAUUCCCAAAACAAAACACAUCACAGAACCAGUAGUUGGACUCUUUUAAAGUGAGUGCCAGCAGCUUAUAUAAGUUUUCACAGUUGAAUGGAAACUAAUUCAUCAUUCUUGUCCAUCGUUUCCCAGUAUUAUGACUUGUAAUUGGCUGUCACACAGCUGACUGUCAAAGCAAGGGGUAGAUACCUAUCUUUCAAGCCCAGUAUUACCAUGUUGAGCCCACUGCAGAUGGUAUGGCUAAAUUGCCCUGUAAGACCUGCACUGUCAGCAACAGUAAUGAACCAAGGCCAAUCAUCAGUUCAGCUCUGCCACCUUAAAAUUUGGUGAAUGAAAAAAAAAAAACCAAACAAAAAUAAGUGAUGAUCCCUGUCAUCCUCUGAAGGAACAGAUUUAGUAGGCAUCUAAUUGGGCAAGUGUGGUUUUGUGACAGUUUGUUGAAUUUGCCUAUUUAAGCAUUAAAAAGCCUUUGCCAGUCAUGUCUGUGAAAGAUAAAGAAAUGCAAGGCUUAGUUACAUUAAUGAGGGACCCACAGCCUGGCCCCCUGGAGCUACUGUUCAGUCACUGCUGCUGUUUGCAUUCUCUUCUGGAGUCGUUGCCCCAUCCCAGACGUUUCCUGCCUGCUGUGGGUGCAGGUACCCAAGAGUUGUUCUUACGGGUGAUUCACAGCUUUGACUCAGUUUUUACUUUCCUCUUUAAGUGCAGUAGACCCAAGUGGCUUAAAACACUGUGCAUGCCCUUCAGCCAAUGUCUUCAGCAAUCUGUUCAACACUUUUCAUGGUAUUCCGUGCUCUGGUGCUAGCAGUGAAAUGGUAAAUGGAAAGAUGUUCAGUGUUUGUAAAUUGCAUUGAAUAGUGUGGAAAACCAAAAUAUGACAGAUGAUGUGGCUACAUCAGUCCCAUCCUCCAGCCUCAUAGAACCCAUAGAAAUGGUGACGUAGCAGUACAUUUACUCUCCUAAUGGAAAACGUUCACAGUCCACUGUGGUGCUUUCUCCUCUCAUUUAAGCAGGUACAUCUCGCAUAUCUCACAGACGAAUACAAUCAUGCUAACUAAUGCUUUGUGCAUUUUCCUAGUUUUUAUUGUUUUGAUUUCUUGAAUUGCAAAUGCACUAGGGGCUUAGGCGUCAUGCUAACUCCCUGCUAGCCAAUCGGAACCCUCACAGCCAGGCCAUUCAUAACACCCUCCCCGCAGGAGGGCCAAUCAUAGGGUGGGUCGGGCUUUUUAAACACAGUGUUUGUAUUGUGUAGGUUCAUUUGUAUUGAAGACAUGACUUUUUUAUCUUGAAAUGGGGAAAAUCCUGAAAAAUUAAAAUGAUACAUUUCUUUCCUUUUAAGAAAGAAUCAUUAUUAAGAAAUGUGGAUUUUUUUUGUCAGGGAACAUAUGAAAAUAUGUAAAAUAAGUGUUAAUAACUUUGUUUGAAGUCAAGGUGCAUCUUGUACAUAAAACAAGCCCAUGAUUCCCUUCAAAAGAUUGUUUCUUGUAGAAACGUCUUCCUUUUUUC